CACAAGUCUUACCUCACCCUUUUCCAGCUCAGCCCCACCUUACUUCCCCCAGUCACCCCCCUCCCACUCCCACAUAUAUGCAAACAUAGAGUUGUAACGUAAACUCUCUGUGCACUCUACAAUCUGUAUCGAGGGAAAAAUGCCAUGCCUGGGCAAUCUCCUCAACUCGCCAGCUUCAGCGUUGGAGCUCACUCCAUAUCCCAAACUCAAGCCCGUUCCUCAAGAAAUCCCGUUGAUUAAUCCGGCAAUCGUGGAACCGGAGCAGGAUGAGUUCAAACUGGGAACUCUAUUGACGGAGUUCAACGAUGAUGACAAACGAGGAGAAACCACGGGGAAUGGUGGCGAAGGAGGAUUAAUUGAAAAGAUUCGGAACCCGGAGAAGGAUUUUGGUUCCUUGUUCCAACCAAAGCUUCGAUUGAGUGAGGCCGAGCAUGAAGAUGGUGGUGGAAUUGAAAGGGGUUCGAAGCCAUGCAGAGUCAAGUGGUCCACCACCGCGAAGCUUGUCCAAGAAUGGUCGAAGAGGAAAAUUGAGCAAGGGGUUCCUGAAUUCAAGGUCUCCUUGCCCUUCCUUGUUGGAGCUCCGAAAUUGGUCCAAUGUAGUGCUUGCCAAACUGUAGUUUACCAUGAGGAGGAGAUACUGUGUUCUGUUCGCGGCUGUCGGGGUGUUUUUCACCUGAAAUGUGCAAAAGAAACUCUCGGUUUCUCAUCUUCAAAGCAAUUUAAGUGCCCUCAACAUGAGUGCUUUUUAUGUAAGCAAAAGAACCGUUUGUGGCGAUGCUUAAGAUGUCCAAUAGCAUGCCAUGAUAAGUGUGCACCAUUCCCGGAGCAUGUGGUCCAUUUUCCUGAUCAACCAGGCGAAGCUAUUUGUUGGCGGCAUCCUACUGAUUGGCGUUUGGAGAAGAAGCAUGGGGUUCCGGCAAAAAACAUGGAGGAUAUAUUCUCUCUCUUGCCUCUUCCAUAUAAUGAGGAGGAGUUCAAAAUUGACAUAAACUGGAAAGACCAGACAGAAAUGAAGUUGGAGCCACAUCCAUAUGUGCACAUCAAACGAAAUGUGUACCUAGUGAAGAGAAAGCGUAACAGUUCUGAUGCUGAUAUUGGAUGCACAAACUGCAGUUCUACUCAAUGCUCUGAGGGUUGUGUAUGCAGAGUUCAGUGCAUCAGCUGCUCAAAAGCUUGUAGUUGCUCCAAACAGUGUGCAAACAGACCCUUUCAGAAAGUGAAAAAAAUACAGAUCGUCAAGACACAACGUUGUGGUUGGGGUGUAGUGGCUGCUGAAUCUAUCAAUAAAGGAGACUUUAUAGUAGAAUACGUUGGAGAAGUAAUUGAUGAUGCCUUGUGCGAGAGAAGGUUAUGGGACAUGAAAGACCAGGAUGCUAAGAACUUCUAUAUGUGUGAAAUUAACAAGGACUUUGUGAUUGAUGCAACAUUCAAGGGAAAUGCUUCACGGUUUCUAAAUCACAGUUGUGCCCCUAAUUGUGUACUAGAGAAGUGGCAGGUUGAAGGGGAGACCCGUGUCGGUGUCUUUGCAUCUAGAUCCAUUGAGGUUGGAGAACCAUUGACCUACGAUUAUAGAUUCGUACAGUUUGGGCCAGAAGUUGAGUGUCAUUGUGGAGCUCCAAACUGUCAAGGGUAUCUCGGGACCAAAAGAAAGAUUGUCUUUGGCCCAAGGACUAAACGGAGGAUCAACUUGGGGUUAUCAUGGGGUCCUAAAAGACAAAGGACGUCAAAGAAAAUAGUAGGAAUAGUUAUAAAUUGAUUUUUCGGCAAUUUUUCAUCAAGCAUCUCAUUUAUGCAUGUAUAUUGCUGUUGUCAUUGAACACAUUAGAGUAAGAAGUCAAAGAACUACAGUUGUUGUAACAAUUGAAGAUUAUAGGAUAGGGGCACGAGGCGCCUCUGGUUCCCCUUGUAUAUCAUUCAUGUAUUCUCAUUGGGAUGUGCAAUAGAAAGAGGUAAAAGAACUACAGCUGAAUUGUUUAGAGUAACUAGAUUUUGAUGUGAAUGGAGAUACAUCAGGAUUUCCUUGUAAAAAUCUUUCUAGUAAUGUCAUUGAAUAGAAAGAUGUAAAAGAACUACAGCUCGAAUGUUAAAUUAACUACAUUUUUGGUGUUUGAAUAGAGAU